CGGGGCUUUUUUCUGAGACCCAAGCGGUGGGAGGCAUGCAACUAACCAGAUGUAACUGCACUCGAGUACAAAGUGUAGUAGUAGUAUUUUUGGUGACCUGUGGCGUUUUCACGGAACGAACUAAAGACGUCUGGUGCCUCGACUUCCUGCCAAACCAGACGCAGCUGGAGGAAGGAGAGCGGAAGUGGAUAGGAAACUAUCCAGAGCUCCAGCGACAUUCUAGGAAAGAAAGUUGGAAUUAAUGAAAGCAGCAUGGAGCGCCUGGCACAUCCCCCUGCAGAUCUGUAGCUACUCUGUUCCAAAUCACUUCUCUGCGUUUCACUCACUGCACUUCACCUAGUCCACAAAACAAACCACAAACAGACGUGGGGAAAAGGCAGCUGGAUUAUUCCUCCGAUCUGAUCCCGACCUGUUGCUAGGUUGCUGUUGCGCCUUUUCUGCUUGGGUUCAAGUUGAAACAUGAGUUGGUCGAUGAAGGAGAAAGCUCACCGCCUGGAAAGCCGGACAAGCUCUGCUGCUGUGUACACAAUCGGCACGCUUCUUUGGCAAGCACUUUUUGUACACUCUGCAUCCUUCCAUUUCACGAAGGAGCCCAAAUCCCAGGAUGCAUUGCAUGGACGCAGUGCAAUGUUGCGGUGCGAGGUGAACGAUCCUGGCGGCAUCACCUACAGCUGGCUUCACAAUGGCCAGCCUGUCUCUGACUCAGAGCGCCGCUUUCAGGAAGGAGGCAACCUGAAGUUCACUGCCAUCGACCGAACCCUGGACUCCGGCAACUUCCAGUGCGUGGCUACCAAAAACACUACAGAAGAAGAGGAGCGCACAAGCGAAGCCAAUUUCAACAUUAAAUGGUUGGAAAGUGGUGAAGUGACACUUCAGAGUCCAGCCUCGGAGGCAGAGAUCGAGAGCUCCUCGUCUGUCAUGUUACGCUGUAACAUCGACGGACACCCACGGCCGAUAAAUCGCUGGUACAGAGACGGAGUGCUUUUACCAGAGAAGAUCCACAAGAUCAACAAUAAAGAACGAACGCUGACACUCCCCAGUGCCAGUCCUGAUGAUAACGGCGUCUACUACUGCUGCGCCAAAAACGCUGCUGGCCAAGUGUGCAGCAGCACCAACUUCACCCUUAACAUCAUAGACAAGAGUUACCCCCAACCAGUGGUGAAGCCCCAGGAUCUGGUAGUGCUGAGAAAUGAGGAGGCGCAUUUUCACUGCCAGUUCACGGCUGAGCCGCAGCCCACUGUAGAGUGGUUCCACGAAAAUGAGCUGAUUGCCAACAAGAGUCGUAUGUUCCUGCUCAACAACGGCUCGCUCUUCAUCAACCAGGUGAAGCAGCGCAACACCGGCCGCUACAGGUGUGUGGCUCAUGGCCUCCGCGGCCUGUCUGUCUCACUGGAGGCCUUUCUGAGAAUAGCAGAUAUCGACGACAUGCCGGUUCGACAGUCUCGUGUCUUCACGGCCAACUCUCUGGAGCGGGUCUCCUGCCGUCCUCCUCGUGGACAUCCCGAGCCCGAGGUGUGGUGGGAGCGGGCGGGUCAGCAUGUGCCUAUUGAGGGGCGCGUGUUCCAGGAUGGUCUGGAUCUGGUUUUCAGCCCGACGCGUGCAGAGGACUCUGGCAUCUAUACCUGUUUCGCCCAGAACAAAGCUGGACAGAAGAAACAGGAACUCACCGUCACUGUGGCAACUCCACCUGAAUGGGUGCAGAAGCCAGAUGCAGAGAGCCAGCUGGAAGAGGGGCAUGCUGGAUAUAUACACUGUUACACCCGUGCCACACCUGACCCUGAGGUCACGUGGUAUCGGAACAUGCAGCCAAUCAGUGCCGAGGAUACACGUUUUAAGCAAUUUCCCAAUGGAACCUUGCGUAUCAACAGUGUGGAAGUGUAUGAUGGCCAUGUGUACAACUGCGAGAGUAAAAACAAAGCAGGGAAACUAAACUCCUAUGCCAAAGUCACUGUAUUGGAGCGGCUAAAGUUCACCCCGACCCCACGGUCCUUACAGUGCCAGGAGCUGGAUAAGGAGGGCAGUCUGCAGUGUUCUGCCAAGGGCCGUUUGCCUCCCACCAUCCGCUGGAAGAAAGCUGACGGCAGUGAGGUCCCAGCUUGGGUGGAACAGAACGGAGGCACUCUGCAUUUUUCCAAAGUGACUCGGGCAGAUGCAGGGAACUACAGCUGUGUGGCUUCCAACAGCCUGCAAGGAGAGAUCCGUGCUGUGGUCCAGCUCACUGUCGCAGUGUAUGUGGCAUUCAAGUUGAAGCCAGAGAACACUACAGUGUAUCAGGGUCACAUUGCCGUGCUGCACUGCCAAGCCACAGGAGACCCUUCACCCAUCAUCCAGUGGAAAAAGAAAGACAAAUUCCUCGACUCCAACAAGAGCAGGUUCCAAACAAUGCCCAAUGGCUCUCUAGUUAUUCAUGACGUCAGCACAGAGGACACGGGUAGCUACACCUGCAUUGCUGGGAAUAGCUGUAACAUCGCACACACGUCCGCAGAGCUCUACGUCGUGGAGAAGCCAGUGCAGCACACGCUGGCAGACGAUGAAAAGGCUCCCUACAAGAUGAUCCAGACCAUUGGGCUGUCGGUGGGCGCAGCUGUUGCUUACAUCAUCGUUGUGCUCGGCCUCAUGUUCUACUGCAAGCAAAGACGCAAAGCCAAGAGACUGCAGAAGAGCCAGGACAAAGAGGAGCCUGAGAUGGAGUGUCUAAAUGGGGGCACCGUGCAGCAGAACGGCCAAACCACAGCUGAGAUUCAGGAGGAUAUGCCGCUGAACACCAUAUCUUCUACUGGGAACAACAAGCGCCACAGCACUCAUGACAAGCCGCAGUUCCCCCGUUCCAGCCUGCAGGCUAUCACAACUCUGGGUAAAGGAGAGUUUGGCGAGGUGCUCUUGGCCAAGGUGAAUACUGGUGCGGAUGAGGAAGAAACUGCGGUUCUGGUGAAGAGUCUGCAGGCCAGAGAUGAGCAGGUGCAAUCAGAUUUUCGACGGGAAUGCGAGAUGUUCGCUAAACUCGGCCAUCCCAACAUCACACGUCUGCUGGGCAUGUGCCGUGAAGCAGAGCCAUUCUACAUGAUCCUGGAGUACGCUGAUAUGGGUGACCUGAAACAAUACCUAAAAAUCUCCAAAAGUAAAGAUGAGAAAGUGAAAGUGCACCCACUGAGCACCAAGCAGAAGGUGUCGGUGUGUCUGCAGGUUGCUCGGGGGAUGGAGCACCUCUCCAAUCAGCGCUUUGUCCACAGGGACCUGGCUGCACGCAACUGCCUCAUUAGUGCCAAGAGGCAGGUCAAAGUGUCUGCGCUGGGCCUCAGCAAAGACGUCUACAACAGUGAGUAUUACCAUUACCGUCAAGCCUGGAUCCCCCUGCGCUGGCUUCCAUCAGAGGCUGUGUUUGAGGACGAUUUCUCCACUAAGACGGAUGUUUGGUCUUUUGGUGUGCUCAUGUGGGAGGUUUUCAGCUUCGGAGAGCUGCCCUAUGUUGACCUUGCUGAUGACAAGGUCCUGGAAGGUCUUCAGGAAGGAAAGCUGAAGCUGUCUUCUCCACACGGCUGUCCGUCUCGCAUCUACAAGCUGAUGCUACGCUGCUGGGCCUCCAGUCCCAAAGACAGAGUGUCCUUCAGCGACGUUGUCACGGCCCUCAGUGAUCUUCCCUCCGAGAGCAAAGUGUGAGCCAGGGUUCGGCUGCUGGGAUUAUCUGAUUCGUAGUCUUUAGCUGUUAAGAAGCUUCAGUCUUUUCCUUCUCAAAGGAUCAACAGUCUGCUUCUGAAUUAAGGCUGGAUCUUGUGUGUUUUUUGAGUCUCUUUUCUACCUGUUGUUACAGACCAUGUGUGGGGAUGUGAGGAAGUUACUUUAUAUGCUGGAACGAACAAAGUGUAAAAAUAAGAAUGCAUGUUCUGAGCUACAUUAGUGGAAAUAACUAUCAUUUCACCUCUGCUCGUCGAGCAGGAAGAGAACCUGUACACUCACACCAAGUGCAUUUGUUAUAUAGACUGUUAAAACCAUGCACUGAUCAGUUUUACAUUUUUUUUGUAUUAUAGAAGGAUUGUUCCAGGAACCUUGUAAUUUAUUUUAAAGGUCCUGUUUUUUUAAUGUUUGUACUGUACAGAAAGGUACUGUUUAUAUUCAUUGUUAUUUGUUAGUUGUUGUUUUUUUUUUUUUAUCCAGAGGAAAACUGGGUUUAAAAAGUGUUGAAAGGUUAUAUACAUGACUAGAGGUCAAUAUGUGAUAAAAUUUCAGCUCAAGUGCCUGUAAGAUGAAGGAUAGCUUUAGUACACACUGAGUGCUCUAUCUUUUAUGGUUUAUUUGAUGUUUUUAUACAUUAGUUAUGUUUUCAAGUUACUGUUACAGAUAUACAUUUGUUGGUUUUGAUAAAACAAAUAUGCAAAUAUGCGAGCCACAGAAUCUAGCAUAUAAUGUGCUAAUAUAAUAAAGGUUCAGCUUUCACAAAGUUGCCAGUUCUCUCUUCACUUAAAAAAAAAAAAAAAAAAAAAAAAAAGUUUUAUCCCUGUAUCUACAGCAAAAACACCUCUGUUCUUAAACAGUAUCUAUGUAUGCAUUUAUGCCUCACCAAUACUUGAUAAGAUGAAAAAGCCAUUACUAUGCCAUGGUCACCAAGGCAACAGGUCACACCCCUUCGCAACAAUAGCAUUGAGAAAACCCUGAAUUUACAUGGAUACAUACAUAGGCACAGAAUAUACACAAUAUAAACCGAAUAUGUUGUGAUUUCAGACGUAAACGUAGUGUUACUUUU